CGGGGCUCGGGCCCCGACGGCUGCGCCGUGAGAUGACUUUCCGCGACCUCCUGAGCGUCACUUUCGAAGGACCCCGCUCCAACAGUAGCACUGGGGGCUCCGGCGCGGGCGGUGGAGCUGGCACGGCUGGACCCGAGGGCCCGGCGGUGGGUGGUGUGCCAGGGACCACUGGCGGCGGCGCUGUGGUGGGGACCGGCAGCGGCGAGGACAAUCAGACCUCCACGGGAGAACCGGGGGCUGCGGCCGGCGGCGAGGUGAAUGGCUCAGCGGCCGUCGGGGGCCUGGUGGUGAGUGCUCAGGGCGUAGGAGUGGGGGUCUUCCUAGCAGCCUUCAUCCUCACCGCUGUGGCGGGCAACCUGCUCGUCAUCCUCUCGGUGGCCUGCAACCGCCACCUGCAGACGGUCACCAAUUAUUUCAUCGUGAACUUGGCGGUGGCUGACCUACUGCUGAGUGCAGCCGUGCUGCCCUUCUCAGCCACUAUGGAGGUUCUCGGCUUCUGGGCCUUCGGCCGGACCUUCUGCGACGUCUGGGCCGCGGUGGACGUGCUGUGCUGUACCGCCUCCAUCCUUAGCCUCUGCACCAUCUCUGUGGACCGGUACGUGGGCGUGCGCCACUCGCUCAAGUACCCAGCCAUCAUGACAGAGCGCAAGGCCGCUGCCAUCCUGGCUCUGCUCUGGGCGGUGGCCCUGGUGGUGUCCGUGGGACCGCUGCUGGGCUGGAAGGAGCCAGUGCCCCCGGAUGAGCGUUUCUGCGGCAUCACCGAGGAAGUGGGCUAUGCUGUCUUCUCUUCCGUGUGCUCCUUCUACCUGCCCAUGGCGGUGAUCGUGGUCAUGUACUGCCGCGUGUACGUGGUCGCGCGCAGCACCACGCGCAGCCUCGAGGCAGGCAUCAAGCGGGAGCCCGGCAAGGCCUCCUCCGAGGUGGUGCUAAGGAUCCACUGUCGCGGCGCAGGCACUAGCGCCAAAGGAACCCAUGGGACGCAGAGUAGUAAGGGCCACACCUUGCGCAGCUCACUCUCGGUAAGGUUGCUCAAGUUUUCCCGGGAGAAGAAGGCCGCCAAGACGCUGGCCAUCGUCGUGGGUGUCUUCGUCCUCUGCUGGUUUCCCUUCUUCUUCGUCUUGCCACUGGGCUCUCUGUUCCCGCAGCUGAAGCCAUCAGAGGGCGUCUUCAAGGUCAUCUUCUGGCUGGGCUACUUCAACAGCUGUGUGAACCCGCUCAUCUACCCCUGCUCCAGUCGCGAGUUCAAGCGCGCCUUCCUCCGCCUCCUGCGCUGCCAGUGUCGCCGCCGCCGCCGCCGCCUCUGGCGCGUCUACGGCCACCACUGGCGAGCCUCGACAGGAGACCAGCGUCCCGACUGUGCCCCCAGCCUGCGCGUCGCACCUCCGGGAGCCCCCCUGGCCCUCACUGCACACCCGGGCCCGGGCCCCGCAGGCACGAACGAAGCUCAGGCUCCGGUCUCCGGCCGUCGAAAGCCAGCCUCCGCCCUCCGGGAGUGGAAACUGCUCGGGCCGCUGCAGAGACCCACGACCCAGCUGCGUGCGAAGGUGUCCAGCCUGUCCCACAAGAUCCGCUCCGGGGGCGCGCGGCGCGCGGAGACUGUGUGCACCCUGCGGUCGGAGGUAGAGGCGGUGUCUCUAAGCGUUCCCCACGACGGGGCCGAGGCGGUCAUCUGCCCUGCCUGUGAGCCAGCCGACUACAGCAAUCUCCGGGAGACUGACAUUUAAGGACCGACACCAGGUUGCAGGAUGUGCUGGAGCCAGGGAUGGGGUGCAUUGUGGGAUGCUGCCUCCGGAUCCAGGGCUCUGACCACACCGGGGCUCCAUCCCCAGAGCAACAGGAACUGGACCUGGGGUCGGAGCCCUUCCAAGGUGGUGAGUUAUGGCGCCCCCUGCUGGACAUAGGUGUCCAGCCCUCUUCCUGGAAGGGAAAGACUGCAGGAUUCACCCUUCUCAUCCAGUCUGAAAACUGCUUAGUCAGCUGGUCCUGAAGUCUGGGCCACACCCCUUGGGGAGGAAGAGUUACAGAUUCUUGCUUUGCUGCUGCCAGGAAAAAGAUCAGUGGACAGUUUGUACUCCUACGGCCACCCGGAGGAAGUCAGUGGACCUACCAUAGGAACUGCAUACUGCAAGCUUUGGUGGUAUAUUGGAUGCCCGCCGUACAAAUCUGUUGUUUUUCGCCCUAGGCCCACUGCCCCCUCCCCACAUUCCUAACCUGUAUGUACCCUUCACCUGGCCCAGCCCUCACUAUUACCCCCCCCAGGGGCCUUACUGUUUACACUCUGUACAUAAUUCAUUGUGCCUGUCUGUGCCCAUCACUUCUCACUGGGAUUCCAGGCUGCCAACGGGGAGAGCCUUAUUUAUCAUUUUGAAGCCUAUUUAUUGGUAAGAGUACUUAUAUUUUGUUCA